AUGAACAGCACAUUUGUGACGGAACACUCGGUCACUUAUGCCUGUACCAGGAACAAACUCGCACAUCACCCCCAAAAGAAGGGCAUAAUCACUGUACCCAUAUACCCAUAUGCCAUGUCCAAACUACUGAAAGCGCCUCGCUUUAGGUCUGGCUACAAGUUUCAUAGAGACACGAGUAUUCCAGCAGGACUUACAUCCAACUCUUAUGGAACUCUGGCCUGGACACCACCAGCUGCU